AUGGUCGUUAUUCUUUCAUCUGUGGUUGUGUCAAAAGUACCAAAAAUGGCGGCGGACGGUGACGAAGUGAUUAGUGAUCAGGAAAAAGUGAGAAUUGUUUCGGAUUUUAUACUACAUUCGCCACCAGGAGAAUUUAAUGAAGUGUUCAACGAUGUAAGAGUAUUGCUAAACAACGAUACUCUACUCAAAGAAGGCGCGAGCGGAGCCUUCGCACAGUACAACAAGGACCAGCUCACGCCCGUGCGUCUUGAAGGCUCAGAACUUCAUACGCUAAUCACGGACCAUAAUGACCUUGGUGGAGGCAGGUUUUUCGACCCGCGGUCAAAGCGGUCUUUCAAGUAUGAUCAUCUACGUAAGGAGGCAUCCGAAUACGAACCGUAUGAACCCGAUCGAGUGGCUGAGCCAUGGCGAGCCGCACUCGACGUGGAGCUGACAAAUUAUGUUGCCGAACAUUAUAAACAUGGUGCAAGUUUAGUCGUGGGACGUGCUCUAGAAUCUGGAGACGUAUCUCUCGUUGCGUGCAUCGAAGAUCACCAAUUUCAACCCAAGAAUUACUGGAAUGGUCGGUGGCGUUCAGUGUGGUCUUUGACAGUGGGUAGCGGUGCGACAGAGCUUCGUGGUAUGCUUCGCGUACAAGUACACUAUUAUGAAGAUGGUAAUGUACAACUGGUUAGUUCAAAGGAAGUGCGUGCACCGUUGGUGGCAACUGGCGAGGCCGCAACGGCUAAGGAAUUCGUAAGACUCGUCUGUGAUGCCGAAAACGCAUACCAGACAGCCAUAUCCGAUAACUACAAGACAAUGAGCGACACUACCUUCAAGGCGCUUCGACGACAGUUGCCGGUGACCCGAAGCAAGAUCGACUGGGCGAGGCUCGUCUCCUACACGAUCGGUAAGGAGUUGAAGAGCCAAUGAUGUCCCGCCGCUGCGCUCUGAGCUGCAGCGGUCGCUCCAUGCCUCUGUACAUAUUCUCAUAAGAGUAAAUCUUGUUCAAAUGUUUACUGGCUCCGAGGGAUGUCGCCCCCCGGCGCGUAUUUAUCUAUGAGUAUAUAGAGAAAUCGCUAUUGUAACUGUUAAAUUUUAUUGCAUUUUGUUACUCUCAUUAUGAAAGGAUAUUGAUCGCUUCGCCCGCUUUAAAGUGGAAUUAAGACAUGUUUUUUAAUUUCAAGAGAGUACUACCUGUCCGUUUCAGUUUGUAGGGAUGAGAUUAUAGAGAACUGUUUGUUAUUUAGGUCUGGACCAUUCUAGAGUAGGCUCUAGGUCCGCAGCAAACAAUUCAACUGAUUUAAAAUUUUGAUUUACGAAAGUUGUUGCGAGACAUUAUUGUUGUGUGAGCAAUAUAAAUCUGAUUAUAUUAAUUUGAAUCGAUAAAGAGACGUCAAUUACAGAGAAUAUUUACCUAAAAUCAUAUUAGUAUCGCUCCAACAGUGAUGACUAUAAUUUUCAUGACACCUUAGUCCAUCCAAUUAAAGCAUUGAACAACAGUAUUAUUAAUUUGUAUAUUAGUUCGUGAAUAUUGCUUGCAUAAUAGUACUGCGUGAAAUUAAUAAAGCAACGUUGAUGAUUUUCAAAUGGUGCAUUUAUUGUAGUUAAUUUAAAAAACUGUCCACAUAGCUUUAAUGCUGAUUAUAUGGGCAAAGAGCACAAUAUAUUGAUUUUAUUAAAUUAAAAAAUAUGUGGAGGUUUGCUCAAGCAACACGGUUACAGAAAUGUUGGAGGUUGGUAGAAAUUUAUUGUCCAUACGGCUAUGACAUUGGGAGUGCGAAUGAUAGCAUAACUUUUAUAUGUAUGUAACGAUAAAACGCCAAUAAGGUUUAUUUUGUAAUUAUUAUUAUAAUUUAAAGAACGUACAUUAAAAAUUCAAGUAUUCUGUAAUGUAUGAUUGAAUUCAUUUGAAUAAAAAUAUAUAUUAAAAUGUU